AUAUUUCAAGUUGUCAAAACCGGCACGACACAAUGAAUCAAAAAACGAAAGCCAAAUCAUUUUGUAAAGUGGCGUUGUCAUUGUAAUAUCGUCCUAUAAUCGCUCUAUUUACUGUUAAUUCAAGUGUUCAACUGUAUUUUGAUAAAAACUAUUUACUUCAUGUUCUUGUAACUGUCGAAAGACAUUCUAAGCUUUUGCUGAAGAAGUCAAUUAGAAAAAAGAUACAAGCUAUCGACAAUAGAUUUUCCGCUUUGCGGAAUUUAACCAAAAUUAACACAAAAAGCAACUGACCAAGGGAAAUCAUUGUGUGUACAAAAACGUUAAACCUGCGAUUAAGAUGCAAAGAUCGGAAAGUGCAUCUGCGCCGGAUUCACAAUCACCUGACAUAGAUCAAUCAUCGACGACCAGCGGAUAUUUUUCUGAGAUGGAAUUUCAGCGAGACGACUCAGAUGAGUCAAUGGAAGAAGAAUUAUCGUCAUCGUGUGAAGCGUCGUCAUCAUCGCAAAAUAACAGUUGUGUGCUGACGGAAAAGGAGCGAUCACGAUCCCAGACAAACUGGCAACAUGGGUAUUUUCAAGCAGAACCUGAUGUGGCAUCCGUCAAAUCCGUCUCUCCAUUUCGUCAAAAGUCUAAUGCCACCCAGGGCCGAAGUGCUGCUACAUUAAUCGCUUCUAAAUGGAAUGCGACAACAAUUGGAUCAAGAUCAGCCUAUGAGGAGCAAUUGCAAUCCAACCGACGAACGUUCAUUCCAAAGCAAAACGGACGAUCGCAGGCAAAAAUGCAAUUGCAUUAUUCUGAAGCCGUACCAAGUUUAGCAGGUUUUGAGAGAAUAUAUGGGAACAAAACAGGCUACGGCGAUCAAUUUGCUUCGACGAUCGGAAGUUCCUCAGAGAGUUUUGACUCUGACAAAACUUUCGACGAGUUAUUUAGCGGACCAUAUGGCCCGACGUCAUUAGCACGAAAGUUAUUGAAGAAAGCUGAAAAGGAAAGACGUGAGGAAUCCAAACAACGUAUGGCAGUGGCAAACUCAAAAAUGCGGUCGAAAUGGCCAAUGUAUCAAACGCGCUACUCUCCAGAAGUGUUGACCGAAACAGCUGUUAAUUCAAAGGACCUAUUUGCACUGUCCACUACUCCAUGGUACGAACAAGGCUACGAAAUGUCAUUGAUUACCCCGGUUGACGCACUGCAGCCAACGAGCGAAGAGUGGAACGAAACAGGUGAUGGAGUGUCUCGCCAAUGCACAACGUUGACUUCAUCACGAGAACUGGAAACGGCUCCAGUUCAAGGUGAAAAUGACGAAAUGUUACAACUGAACGGAGACUUGACAUUAUCUCCAAAUGAAUCAGAACCUGGUGACUCAUUCGACUCGUUGUCAUUAGCACGAAAGUUAUUGAAGAAAGCUGAAAAGGGAAGACGUGAGGAAUCCAAACAACGUAUGGCAGUGGCAAACUCAAAAAUGCGGUCGAAAUGGCCAAUGUAUCAAACGCGCUACUCUCCAGAAAUGUUGACCGAAACAGCUGUUAAUUCAAAGGACCUAUUUGCACUGUCCACUACUCCAUGGUACGAACAAGGCUACGAAAUGUCAUUGAUUACCCCGGUUGACGCACUGCAGCCAACGAGCGAAGAGUGGAACGAAACAGGUGAUGGAGUAUCUCGCCAAUGCACAACGUUGACUUCAUCACGAGAACUGGAAACGGCUCCUAUUCAAGGUGAAAAUGACGAAAUGUUACAACUGAACGCAGACUUGACAUCAUCUCCAAAUGAAUCAGAACCUGGUGACUCAUUCGACUCGUUGUCAUUAGCGCGAAAGUUAUUAAAGAACAAGGAUAGACCGUUGGAUAUCAAACGAAGUAUCUUGAUUACAAACCCAAACGUAUGGUCGAACAGGCCAUUAUUUCAAACGCGUUAUUCACCAGAAGUAUUGAGCGAAACAGUUGUCAGCUCGAAUGAACAACAUCCACUGGCCACCUCUGAAUUGCGUUUGAGCAUUGAAUCGAAACCAAUACCAGCUGUAAAUGAAUCCGAAAUCGAGAUCACCGAAUCACUGCAAACCACACCAGCAAUUGAACAACAGGCGCAUAUGCAGUCAUCGAAAUGCAUCGAUCCUACAACGGACAUCAGGAAUGUGUCGAUUGAGGAGAAACCGCAAAGUCCACAACAUCUCGAUGACUCGAUAAGUGUUCCGGCUGCACCUCUCAGUGAUGCAUUGAAUGAAAUAAUUAUUUCAGAAUCAGCUCUAUCGGAAUAUUCUAACGAUAAACCGAUCGGAGAGGAAAAAUGUCCAACUGCACACGUCUCACCAGAACCACUUAUCCAACAAACGAACAUCGAGAAUGUUUUGAUUGAGGAAAAAAGGGUUUCGCCACCUGAAAGUCCACAGAACAUGGUUGAUUCGAUGAAAGCUCCGGUUACAUCGCAAAGUGAUCUAUGGAACAAUCCAGCUCUACGUGAUCAUCGUUACAGUAAACUGUUUCUAGAAUUUACAACGCCACCAGUCUCACCAGCGGAAUUCAUCGUUUCAUCGAACAGCAGUAAUGUGCUGAUUGAACAACCAACUAUUUGGCCAACACAAAGUUUGGAAGACAAAUAUCUAUCGGCUGUAAGCACUCCGGCUGGUCUAUCGGAUGUAAACACUCCGGCUGCAUCACAGAGCGAUGUGAAUGAAAUACUUAUUUCAGUUCCACCAGAUCCAUCGGUUGAAACAACAUCAUCACUACCACCACCAGCGUCUGCGAUAUCAGCAGACAUAAUGCCAUUAUUGGAAAAACCGAAUGCCGUUCCAAUGCCGAAUCCUUUGCGACCAACAGCAUCUAGACCCAACUCCUCUGUGAAAGGUCAAAAGCGAUCCUACAACCGAAACAACAAAAUUCACAUUCAAUCGAAUGAACUGAUCGAUCUGGCGCUACCGGUCGGUACAAUAAUUCAAACACCUUCGAAUGCUGCUCGCAUCAACCCUGAUCAGAUGAUUUUCGAUCAGAAAACAUCCAACAUCCAAAUGGCCUCGAAAUCGUCCUUGAAGCUGCGAGUGACUAAUGAAGUCACGCCGAAUCAGAUCAAUCCGGCAAAACGAAAGAGAACGGAAAAUUUACAGCGUUUCAAGUCAUCCGUGUCAAAUGAAACUGGAGCGAAUUCGACAACAACCGGUGUCGCAUCGCUAAAACGAACGCAUACGGAACACUUAUCACCACACGUUCCAGCUAAAGUACAAAAGGUGCAGAAACCAGCUCAAACGAACAUGAAAAAUAUUUCGGCCAGUUCCACUUCAGCCAACAUUGCUACACCGCGUACCGAUGUUAAAAAUUGUGCUGCAGUUGCUGGUGUCAGUCGAGAUGGACAAAACUCGGGAGAUCCAUCUUUUGCGGAGUGCGUACUGUUCCUUAAACGAAAUAAUGUUUCUGUGUUCAAAGUUCCGCAGAACCCAUCGCAACUUCCUCCGAAGCCAUCACAAGUUCUUCCACCGAACUGGGACAAAUAUAUGAGAGUUCUCCAACAGAAUAACGUCAGCGUCGAACGUCUGAAUAAGAAUAUCAGCCGUAACUAAUACAAGAAGGAAAAACCAACAAUCUGUGAUCAUUGUGAUCUUUCUAAGACUUUAUUUUGUGAAAAUAAAACAUUUUUGUAAAGUGUUC